AUGUUUAGAAACAACUACGACAACGAUUCAGUGACCUUCUCACCGCAAGGUCGCAUCUUUCAAGUCGAAUAUGCACAGGAAGCUGUCAAGCAAGGUUCUGUUGUCGUGGGCCUAGUUAGCAAAACACAUGCGGUCCUUGUCGGACUGAAGCGCAAUGCAGAAGAACUCUCCUCGUACCAGAAGAAAGUCAUCGAGAUCGAUUCGCACAUGGGCAUCGCCAUCGCCGGCCUCUCGUCCGACGCCCGCGUCCUGUCCAACUUUAUGAAACAGCAAUCCCUCGGAUCACGAAUGAGCUACGGACGGGCCAUCCCACUAGAUCGGAUUGUGGCGCAAAUUGGCGAUCGGGCACAGACAAACACGCAGCACUACGGCAAACGGCCAUACGGUGUUGGUCUGCUCGCUGCAGGCGUCGACGAUUCCGGCCCUCAUCUAUACGAAUUCCAGCCCUCGGGACUCACGCAGGAGAUGCUGGCGUGCGCUAUUGGGGCGAGGUCGCAGAUGGCACGCACGUAUUUAGAGAGGAAUCUGGAUGAGUUUGCGGAUUCUAGCAGGGAUGAGCUUAUUAGCCAUGGCCUCAAGGCGUUAAGGGAGACGUUGUCGCAGGACAAGGAGUUGACGGUGGAUAAUACUACUGUUGGCGUGGUGGGAUUGGCGGCCCAGGGCGCGAAGAGCAAGAUUGAGUCUUUCAAGCUUUAUGAUGGUCAGAUUGUGGCACCCCUGUUGGAGGCUUUGGACGGUGCUGCAGAGGGUGGUGAGCAGAGUGGAGAAAUGGAGGUUGACACGCAGUAG